AGGCAGCAGCCGGACGAGCAGCUGAGGCGGGGUGGAGCGAUGGUGAGGAUGGCGGCGGCGGGCGGCAGAGGCGGCGUUGGUCGCUAUUACAGCGGCAGCAACGAGGGAGGCCGAGCCCCUAAACGACUGAAGACUGAAAACGCUGGCGACCAGCACGGAGGCGGCGGCGGCGGAGGAUCCGGGGCGGCGGGCGGCGGCGGCGGGGAGAACUACGAUGACCCCCAAAAAACCCCUGCCUCCCCAGUUGUCCACAUCAGGGGCCUGAUUGAUGGUGUGGUGGAAGCUGACCUUGUGGAAGCCCUGCAAGAAUUUGGACCCAUCAGCUAUGUGGUGGUGAUGCCAAAGAAGAGACAGGCGCUGGUGGAGUUUGAAGAUGUGCUGGGGGCUUGUAAUGCGGUGAACUACGCAGCGGACAACCAGAUCUACAUUGCUGAUCAUUCUGCUUUUGUCAAUUAUUCUACCAGCCAGAAGAUCUCUCGCCCCGGGGACUCGGAUGACUCCCGGAGCGUCAACAGUGUGCUUCUGUUUACCAUCCUGAACCCCAUCUACUCCAUAACCACGGAUGUUCUUUACACUAUCUGUAAUCCUUGUGGCCCUGUUCAGAGAAUUGUCAUUUUUCGGAAGAAUGGAGUCCAGGCUAUGGUGGAAUUUGACUCUGUGCAAAGUGCCCAGUGGGCUAAGGCCUCACUUAAUGGGGCUGACAUCUAUUCUGGCUGUUGCACUCUGAAGAUCGAGUAUGCAAAGCCUACCCGUUUAAAUGUGUUCAAGAAUGAUCAGGAUACUUGGGACUACACAAACCCCAACCUCAGUGGACAAGGUGACCCUGGCAGUAAUCCCAACAAACGCCAGCGGCAGCCCCCUCUACUGGGAGAUCAUCCCACAGAAUAUGGAGGGCCCCAUGGUGGGUACCACAGCCAUUACCAUGAUGAGGGCUAGCCCCCCCCACCUCACUACGAAGGGAGAAGGAUGGGCCCACCUGUGCACCGUCGGGGCCCAAGUCGCUAUGGCCCCCAGUAUGGUCAUCCCCCACCCUCUCCCCCACCACCCGACUAUGGCCCCCACGCUGACAGCCCUGUGCUCAUGGUCUAUGGCUUGGAUCAAUCUAAGAUGAACUGUGAGCGAGUCUUCAAUGUCUUCUGCUUGUAUGGCAAUGUGGAGAAGGUGAAAUUUACGAAAAGCAAGCCGGGGGCCGCCAUGGUGGAGAUGGCUGAUGGCUAUGCUGUGGACCGAGCCAUUACUUACCUUAACAACAACUUCAUGUUUGGGCAGAAGAUGAAUGUCUGUGUUUCCAAGCAACCAGCCAUUAUGCCUGGGCAGUCAUACGGGCUAGAAGACGGGUCCUGAAGUUACAAAGACUUCAGUGAGUCAAGGAACAAUCGGUUCUCCACCCCAGAGCAGGCAGCCAAGAACCGCAUCCAGCACCCUAGCUAUGUACUGCACUUCUUCAAUGCUCCCCUGGAGGUGACUGAGGAGAACUUCUUUGAGAUCUGCGAUGAGCUGGGAGUGAAGCGGCCAACCUCUGUGAAAGUAUUUUCAGGCAAAAGCGAGCGCAGCUCUUCUGGACUGCUGGAGUGGGACUCUAAGAGCGACGCCCUGGAGACCUUGGGCUUCCUGAACCAUUACCAAACGAAAAACCCAAAUGGCCAAUAUCCGUAUACUCUGAAGCUGUGCUUCUCCACCGCACAGCACGCCUCCUAAUUAGAUGUUGGGAAGAGCACAUCAAGCAGGAAGACGUCUCUUUCCUUUAUGCUGUUGGUUUUCUUUGGUUUUGUUCUGUUUCGAUUUAUUUUUUGCAGUUCUUGUUUCCUUUUUAAAUGCUAGUUCAGUAGACGCUUAACCACAACAGAAAUGCUGGAACUCUGGAGGGGGGGAGGGGAACUGGUAUCUCCCAAGAUUAACCUUCACUUUUUAAGAUAACUGUAUGUGUGAUUUUUAUUUUUCCCUGUUCAUACAUUUGUGCUGCCCACAUAUCUUGGCACACAUUUCAAUAAAAUGGUUUGGAAGCUA